GGUUACGUAACAAACAAUGUUUGACAGAAACAUACAAAAGAAUUAUUUCUGGAUUAAUAUAAUUUUAUAAAAUACAGAAGUGGUUACUAUAAAUCGCUCUGAAAAAAUAUUUUUACUUUAAAGAAUAUAGAGUUUUGAUUGUUUUAAAUAAAAAUAUACAUAAAACUGAACUUAUUUGUGCUUUGAAACUUUGGGACUCAGAAAAUAAUAAGAAGAUGGCUUUACCUUGGCAUAUACCUUUAGAAACUGCUCCAAGUUUAAAAGAAAAGGUGAUACCUCCUCAACCAUCCUUGCUAAAACAUUAUUGUAAUCUUAAAAUUCAUGAAAAUCCCAUUGAGGAAUUGCAAACUGGCAUUAUGUGCAAUAUAGGAAUGGAUAAUCGGGAACCUACGGCUAUCCAACGAUUAAUAGCAUGUGGAAUGACGGUAGCCAGAUUAGAAAUGAGAGAUUUCGAACCUGAUGUUUGCGCACAAUUAAUUCAAAGCAUACGACAAGCUGUAUACAACUACAGCGCAGAAUUACAAUAUGUUUAUCCUUUAGCUCUUAUUAUGGACGUACGUGGUCCUAGUAUUGUCACAGGUUCUUUAAAAUCUGGUACCGAAGCCACUAUUGAGUUAGUUCAAAAUAAUUCUAUUAGAUUGACAUCCGAUAUUAGUUGGCAAGAAAGUGGGACAUCUGACUGUCUCUUUGUGGGUUAUGAUAAUUUAAUCAAUUUACAAUGCGAAGAUGUAAUCUACAUCGAUAGUUUGUCGCAAGGUAAAAUCAAAUUAAUAGUUUCUAAUGUUGGUGACGAUUCCGUAGAAUGUACUAUCGUAGUUGGCGGUAUCAUUGGUCCAAAAAUGACUGUUCGCAUUGUUCAAGUUCCACAAGAACGAGAGAAUCUGCGGAAUGAAAAAGGUGACAGCUUACAAACAAUCUCCUGUAGCGAAACGUCGCAGAAACAUUUUGAACAUAUGGAUGACCAAAUUGCAUGGGCCAUUGGUGCAGAUGUAGAUGCUCUGUUAGUUCCCAGUGUUCAGUAUUCCUAUGAAGUACGCCAAGUCAAAGAUAUAUUGUCUGAAAAGGGAAAACAUAUUCUUGUCUUUGCAAGUAUAGAAACGGUCCUUGGUUUAGAUAAUAUUGAUGAUAUAUUGAAAGAAGCUGAUGGCAUUUACCUCGACCGAUGCGUUCUAAGCACUGAUCUAGCUAUCGAAAAAAUAUUCAUGGCUCAUAAAGUAAUUUUAGCAAAGUGUAAUUAUAUCGGAAAACCAUGCAUAUGUAAGGCGGUCAUUAAUGAACAAAUACCUACGUUGAGUGUCACCGACAUUGCUAAUCUUGUAAUUGAUGGUGUUGAUGUGAUAUCAUUGGAGCUUCGUUACAAUUCACCGUUAAGUAAGUUUUCUAAAUCCUAUGAUCCUAUACGUAUGGCCGAGCAUUGCUUAGCAGCUGCAGCUGUUGUUAGUAGACAGGCAGAGCACGCUUUGUGGCAACCAAGGAUAUAUGGCAAUUUAGAGUUAAUGCAAAGUCCAUUAGAAGAACCCACUAAAGCAGUAUGUAUAAGUGCUGUAGAACUAGCGAUGCGAUCACAGGCAGUUGUUAUCUUGUGUCUCACAAACUCGGGACGUACGGCAAAAAUUCUUUCACAUGCAAAGCCACCUUGUCCUAUAGUAGCAGUUACUCGCAUCUGCCAUACCGGGAGGCAGUUACGAUUUUGGAGAGGAGUGAGAACGGUUCAUUAUUUUGAAGUUGUUGGUGGAAAUUGGAAUUGCGAAGUUGAAGCUAGAGUUCGUGCUGCUCUAGAUUAUUGUAAAACAAAACGUAUUCUCCGAGCAGGAGAUGCCUAUAUAACUGUGACUGGUUCUCGGCGUGGAGGUGGAUACUGUGAUUCUGUUAGGCUUUUAUAUGCUAGUGCCAGGGAAACUGUAAUUAUUGAUUGAAGAUUCUGAUGGUGCUUAAGUUUGUUUUUAUUUUAUCAAUGAUUUUUUGUGAUUUAUAUUAACUUCAUAAUUUUGCAAUAAAAACAGAGAUCGUUAAUAAAAGGUCUUAUUAUUAAAC